AUGGCAUCAUCGCAAAGCGCAAUAGCAGCGGCUGCUUCUACUGGUGGGAGUGGGGGUGGCAACGGCAUCAUAAUCCCUCAAUCCAACGACGCAUCACCCAUGGAUUCAACGGCAACAACAGCUACGGAUGACCCGAAGCAAAACCUUAGCCAAGUCACUGAUUCGAUACAGAAAACGCUGGGCGUCAUCCACCAGCUCUACCUCACCGUCUCUUCCUUCAAUGUCGCCUCUCAACUCCCCCUCCUCCAACGCCUGAAUACGCUUGUUUUAGAGCUCGACAACAUGACGAAAUUGGCUGAGAACUGCAAUAUUCAGGUCCCUAUGGAGGUCCUCAAUUUGAUUGAUGAUGGAAAGAAUCCGGAUGAAUUCACGAGGGAUGUCUUGAAUAGUUGCAUUGCCAAGAAUCAGAUUACCAAAGGCAAAACUGACGCAUUCAAGAGUUUACGAAGGCAUCUUCUAGAGGAACUUGAACAGGCAUUUCCUGAUGAAGUGGAAGCUUACAGGGAAAUACGUGCCACAUCUGCAGCUGAAUCGAAACGGCUCGCACAAUCACAAAGCAUAUUACCAAAUGGAGAUAUGAAGGUCAAGACCGAGAUAUGA